AUGGCCGCAGCAGUACAGAGCCCACCGGGCAUCCCGUCUCGCCCAGUAGAGACAUAUGUCCAAGUACCAGAAACAAAACACUCUGGCGAGUUGGACUGGGCCGAUCUUGUGACGCUUGAUCUCUCACAAUUUGAUCAACCUGGUGGGAAGCAGAAGCUUGCAAAUCAGCUCAAAGACGCUGUUCAUCAUGUCGGCUUCUUCUACAUCACCAACUUCGGACUCUCGCAAGCCGAGGUCGACGAGCAGUUCGCUAUCGGCCGCGACAUCUUCGCGCUCCCCAUGGAGGAGAAGAUGCAGCACCGAGCAGCCAUGGAAAAAGGCCACUACUCCGGCUAUCGAUGGCUUGGUAUGAGUGAAAUCGUGCCUGGUCUAAAAGACAACGUCGAAAUGUACAACCUCUUCAAGUUCAACGGGAAGCUCGAGCGAUCCCACCCUGACGUGAUCAACGACAACCGACCUACCAUUGAGAAAUUCCAGAAGCACAUCGCUCAGGACACGGUCCAAAAACUGCUCACCCUCAUCUCCAUCGUCCUUGAGCUGCCCGAGGACUACCUGAGCCAGGGCCACAAGUGGGAUGACGUCUCCGACUGCCACCUACGAUACAUGAUUUAUCGGGCACGUACCAAGGAGGAGAAUGAGCGCGCUGGAGGCUUGUACUCGAAAGGCCAUAGUGACUUUGGUAGCUUGACCCUACUCUUCCGCCAGCCGGUUGCGGCCUUGCAGGUACGAAUGCCGGAAGGGGAGUGGAAGUGGGUGAAGCCUUACCCAGGAUCCAUCACAGUCAACAUCGCCGAUGUGCUGCAAUUCUGGACAAAUGGGUACCUGAAGUCGUCGAUCCACCGCGUGUCUGUCCCACCUGAGGACCAGGCCAGUCAAGACCGCUUGGGGUUGCUAUACUUCUUGAGGCCUUCCGAGGAUCUUGAGCUGGACACUGUUGAUAGUCCCCUGUUGAGGAGAUUAGGAUUGAAGGAUGAUUCUGCAGCUGGCCAGGGCAAGGGUAUUAAGGCAGUCGAUUGGGUCAGGGCCAGAGUCAAGGGCAACAUGGACAAGCCAGAAGCGAAGGACAGUCGAGGUGAUGGGAAGGCGGUCGUGGGCGGGUUGAGGGCUAAGUACUAUGACUAA